AUAAUGCUCAGAGAGGGCACAGCGACACAGGACAAUGAGUGUGUGAAUGCCACAACAGAGAAGCCAGCCUCGUCCUCUACCAAAAAUAUCAUUACUACCACCACUUUCAAUAGCACGUCCAUUCCCAUGACAGCAGGGGUCACUGUACAACUCAAAGACAAGGCAGAAGAGAUCCAGUCCCACUUGCUGCUGCUAUUAAUCUUAAUGUUGAUAAUCUUGUUCAUGGCUGGAUUCUGUAUCCUGAAGAAAAGCGUGGCAAAGAAAACCCUUUUAAAAUGGUUUGGUUUUAUAAACAGACAACGUGAAGAUUAUCCACCCCAGAGUCAAACUGAAUAUGACAAUCAAAUUUUGUCUAAUUCCCAAUUGGAGACUACAGUACCAGUCGGCAGUGCUGGCAGAGAGGUCAAAGGUCAGAGUACGGGGCCCAUGCCCCAAUCCGGAGCUGUGCAGCAGGUCACAAUGGAGCACAAUGGGAAGGGUGAGAACGUCAGCAAUACUGUUGGGUCCAUCUACAUCUACUCUCCUGGAAUGGUGAUUUUGGGCUCCAACUCGGGUGAUAAAAAGGAAGAGGCAGGACUUUGCGAAGAAGGCGUUCCCCUCAUCAGCAGACCGCAGCAAGAGUCAAAUCCACCCUCGCAAGAGGUCAGAAUCAGAAUAAGUGCACCGGAAGAGGCUGAGGAGGAACUGAGCUUGAGUUUUCCUGUGCCAGCAACUGAAAAGUGAGAACUUGAACAUGUGGUUUCUUGCAUGAACUUCAGAAUGGCCUUCAGGAAGAUACCAGGUUGAAUCACAAGGCUGAAAACACACAAGCUGCCAGUUUUAAGAUUCCCGGUAAAGGAUGGCAUCAGAAAGGCCCAAGUCAUGGUUUCAGUUCCAGAGAAACAUGCACACUGGCUAAAUGUACAGGCUACCUUGAUUGCAACGUAUGUCAAAUACAGAAUGUGCAGAUGUACCAGAUGGGAAUCAACAAGUAAUGAUUUUAGCUUUUUUUGCACAUCCGGAAAAAAGAUUUAUGCUUAAUUUAAGUCGGUCAAUUUUUAUAAAUGCACAUGUCGGUAUUGCCGCUUCAGCAAAACUGGGGCAAAAACAAGCAUGAAGACUGUGCACAGGAGGUACAGACAAAAGGGUGAGAACAACACCCACGAAGGUGUUAGGAGUUUUCAUAACGUGCAUCCUAUAAGACAGUAUAAAUGACACGCACAUGGCGUGUAUGAAUUGUUUUAUUGUUUAAGUGAGUGGUCGAGAACCUAACGACUAGAUCUAUAUGUUUUUAAACAGACUUUUGCUCUACUGUGUGGGUGUUUCAUAUGCAUGUCUGAAAAUACCCAACCUCACCUUCGGAAAGAAGUGUCUGAUUUGACUGUUGUAGGAGGUCGUGUUGGGACAAGCUGUAUUCACCCUGCAACCUUUACAGAGCAUGAUCAAAAUGACAUUUCUAGUGUUGCAGUAGAAGACGCUUCUCACAUCUCACAUCCUCCAGACACUUGAGCUUGUGUUGUUUUGCAUGUUUUUUUUGUAAAUUUGUCAAUGAAUGUGUUCUGAUGCUUUAUUAUUAUGAAUUCAAUAAAGUCCAUUCCUUCAGCAAUUACA